AUGAGCGACGCCUACAGCAACGUCAUCGGCGGCGGCCUGAAGCUCAAGGGUGCGGGGGUGUCAAAGAAGAAGAAGCGUAAGAAGGACGCCGUCUCCGCCGCCGCGAGCAGUGAGCUCGGCGACGAGACCGCGUCGACGUCCGCAGCCGAGGGGUCUUCGUCGACGUCCGCAGCCGAGGGGUCAGCAGCAGCAGCGCCGCCGGCUUCUCAGCUGCCGGGGGCGGCCCGGUUCACGGACACCGAGCGGCGCCGCAUGGAGGUGAUGGAGCGACGAAAGCUGGACGAGGUUGCCAAGGGGAAGGUCAAGUCGCACCGCGAGCAGGUGCGCGAGUUUAACGACUACCUCGGCUCACUGCCGGAGCACUACGACCUGCCCAAGGUGUCCAAGGGAAAUUGA